GAGGGUCAGGGCUGCGCAGACCCCUGUCCCGCCAGCGGUCCUCCCGGCAAGCCCAGCGGGAGCACCCCCUCAGCUGCUCCCCGCCUCCGGCGCCGCCGGGGCCGCCCAGACCCUGGGCUUAGCCUCGCACCCCGAAGCCUACCUGGGGAGGCGGCGGUCCCUGCCGUGCGUCCCGGAGCGGACGGCCCGGGAGCGAGGCCAGCGGCCCCGGGCGUCCCGGGCCACGCGCGGGGCCGGCCUGCGGCUCGCGCGCUCUCCCCGCCCCCUCCGCGCCUCGCCCCGCCGCCCGCGGCCCCCACCCACCGGCCGCUCCUCCCCUCUCCCCACCCUCCUCGUCCGCCCCCUCCCCUCCCCCGCCGCCUCGCACACUGCUCGGCCGCGCGUCUCCGCGGCCGGGGCCCCGAGCGCAGGCUGCGAGGCCACCGCACCUGCAGAGCGCUCGGGCUGCCUAGCCGGCACCUCGCCUCCCGCCGCGCGAUCCCGUUCUCCCCACGCGCCGGGUCUCCCAUGACGCCCGAGCCCCCCGGCCGGCGACAAUGACCACUUCCCUGCAAGAUGGGCAGAGCGCCGCGGGCAGGGCGGCUGCCCGGGACUCGCCGCUGGCCGCCCAGGUGUGUGGCGCUGCCCAGGGGAGGGGCGACGCCCACGACCUGGCUCCGGCCCCCUGGCUGCACGCGCGAACGCUCCUGCCCCCUCCGGACAGGACCCGCGGCUGUCCUGCAGACAGGAGAAAAAAGAAAGAUCUUGAUGUUCUGGAAAUGCCAUCUAUUCCAAACCCUUUUCCUGAGCUAUGCUGUUCUCCAUUUACAUCUGUGUUGUCAGCAGACCUGUUUUCCAAAGAAAAUUCAAGGAAAAAACAGGUGAUUAAAGUAUACAGUGAAGAUGAGACCAGCAGAGCUUUAGAUGUACCCAGUGACAUAACGGCUCGAGAUGUUUGUCAGCUAUUGAUCCUGAAGAAUCAUUACAUUGAUGACCACAGCUGGAACCUUUUUGAGCACCUGCCUCACAUAGGUGUAGAAAGAACAAUAGAAGAUCAUGAACUGGUGAUUGAAGUGCUAUCCAGCUGGGGGAUAGAAGAAGAAAACAAGCUAUACUUUAGAAAAAAUUAUGCCAAAUAUGAGUUCUUUAAAAACCCAGUGUAUUUUUUUCCAGAGCAUAUGGUAUCUUUUGCAACUGAAACCAAUGGUGAAAUAUCCCCCACACAGAUUUUGCAGAUGUUUCUCAGUUCAAGUACAUAUCCUGAAAUUCAUGGCUUCUUACAUGCGAAGGAACAGGGAAAGAAGUCUUGGAAAAAAGUUUACUUUUUUCUAAGAAGGUCUGGCUUAUAUUUUUCUACUAAAGGGACAUCAAAGGAACCGCGGCAUUUGCAGUUUUUCACCGAAUUUGGCAAUAGUGAUAUUUAUGUGUCACCGGCAGGCAAAAAAAAACAUGGAGCACCAACUAACUAUGGAUUCUGCUUUAAGCCUAACAAAGCGGGAGGGCCCCGAGACCUGAAAAUGCUCUGUGCAGAAGAAGAGCAGAGUAGGACGUGCUGGGUGACCGCGAUUAGAUUGCUUAAGUAUGGCAUGCAGCUGUACCAGAACUAUAUGCAUCCAUAUCAAGGUAGAAGUGGCUGCAGUUCACAGAGUGUAUCACCUAUGAGAAGUAUAUCAGAUAAUUCCCUGGUAGCAAUGGACUUCUCAGGCCAGAAAAGCAGAGUUAUAGAAAAUCCCACUGAAGCCCUUUCAGUUGCAGUUGAAGAAGGACUCGCUUGGAGGAAAAAGGGAUGUUUACGUCUGGGCUCUCACGGUAGCCCCACUGCCUCUUCACAGAGCUCUGCCACAAACAUGGCUAUUCACCGGUCCCAGCCAUGGUUUCACCACAAAAUUUCUAGAGAUGAGGCUCAGCGAUUGAUUAUUCAGCAAGGACUUGUGGAUGGAGUUUUCUUGGUACGGGAUAGUCAGAGUAACCCGAAAACUUUUGUACUGUCAAUGAGUCAUGGACAAAAAAUAAAGCACUUUCAAAUUAUACCAGUAGAAGAUGAUGGUGAAAUGUUCCACACACUGGAUGAUGGCCACACAAGAUUUACAGACCUAAUCCAGCUGGUAGAGUUCUAUCAACUCAAUAAGGGUGUUCUUCCUUGCAAGUUGAAACAUUAUUGUGCUAGGAUUGCUCUUUAGUCAAACCAGAAGUGACUUAUUAAGAUAUUGAAGGAAAAGGACUCAAGAAAAAUAAUAAUAGACCAUAAAUAAGGGUCAAUAUGUUACUAUGUGAAAAGAAUGUAUUUUACCAGCAAGUUACAAAAAAUAAUUUGUGCAUUGCAAAUAAGCAAAGACUUGGAUUGACUUUACAUUCAUCAUUUAAAAUUCAUUAGUUAAAAUUAAACCUUAGAAAAAAAAAUGA